AAGCUUCGGCCGCGACAGUCUUCGAGUGAAUUUGGUUGAGUUUGGACGCGUUUUUCUCCGCCGGGGCUCGCUGUCGUGUCUUGCUGCCGGAAAUCCCUGUGGCAGUCUCAGCUUUUGUCAGUGUUUUUUGCGUGUGCAUUUCCGGCCACCAGUGCUAGUAGAGAGAGAGAGAGCGGAGACUCUUUUAGUUUUUGUUGGGGAAAAAUUGCGGUGAAAACCUAUUUGAAUUUGGGGAAAUUGAUUGCUUGGAAAGCGCAAGGAGAGUGCAUUGAAGAGAGGUGACAAAGUGUCAAAGAAACGAAACGAAAAACGUCAACAAAGAAGCAACAACAACAGCAAAAUAAAUAGUGCAAAAUAGUGAAACAACAAAACAAGCCGCAAAGCAAAGGCAAUCAAGGAAGAAAGGGUGGAGAAAGAAGACGACUUCCAUUUUUUUCCUUCUCUCGUUUUUCAUUUUGUGCGUUCUCUCCACCGCAUACAAGCCUCUACUUGUCUGUGUUUGUAUUUGUGUUGGCCGUUUGACAGCUGCUGCUGCUGCAGAUUCGUCAUUCUUGCGAUCAACAGUGCGUGCAGGCAGCUGUAAACAACAAGCUGUCAGCUGUCAGUGGCAGAGAGGAGCUGAAAGAAAACGAAAAAAAAAACGGAGCUGCUUCUUCGCGACCUGGGACCAGGGUCGUGGUCGUCGUAACCUGUUUCUCAAGUGUGCGCGUCCGAGUUCUUGCUGGUGUCCGGAAUCGUCGUGUGUGGAGUCGGAACGUGGUUCCAUCGUGAAGCAGGAAUCUCCCGAGAAGGAAGCAGCUUUGCGUGAUUUACUGCUGCAAACGAGGAAGCAGAUUUUGCCCUGAUCCAACAUCAUCUACUGACCCUUUCCCCAAAAAUCAGGGAAUAACCGUGCGACAUCGAAGUCAGCAGGCAAAGGACACCUGAAAUCCUCGCGACCAACUUUCGUACACCUGCCUGGUCCUGUGUAGCAUUCAUUACCUGUUACCUACCACACAGUCAGUGGUAGUCGUCGGCGAGAGAAGUCACCAGUUGAAGUCGUCGCGCGUGUUCCUGCACGAGGAAGAAGCACGCAAAAUUUAUGUUGCGUUGAAAAGCAACAACGCAGCGUUUGGUGGGUUUGGUGCACGGCCGCACAAUUAUCCAAUUGUUUUCAAUUGAAAGAAGAAGAAAAAGUGGCGUUGCGAAAAAAAAUAGUGCGUUCAUUGUAAAAUUUGUGUCUGCGUGUUACAAGUGAAGCAGAGGAAGAGAGUUGAGGAAGAAGCAUUAAUAGUGCGACCAAUUAAGAGUGUAGUCUCAAGUGACAAACACGCUCGCCUUCCUUCCCCGUUUGUUGCAAGUUGUGAAAUUGGUGUUGUAGUUCAAGUAGUUGAAGAAGCAAAAAGUGGUGUCUCUCUGUUUAGUCAGUGUUUAGUUGAGUGCGCUCUAAUGUCAAGUUGCAGCUGCAAGUGAAGGGCCGAAGAACCUGCUCCACGGCGCGCCCUAGUCCUAGAUCUUCACUGUCCCCACUGGUUUUGUUCACUUGCUCGUGUCCCGUGUCUAACCUCGUGAAUGGCGGCAGUUGGCGGUCCGACCAGGCAAUCCCGCGGGGUCUCUAUGAGCGUCUCGAUGUCGCUGGUCCAGGGCGGUGCAGCGGGCGCGGCUGGCGGUCCCCAGGGCGCGAUCCUGGCGGCGGCCGCCCCCUACUACCAGCCGCCGGCCGUCCCCCAGGACGUGCAGCCGGACCGGCCGAUCGGGUACGGAGCGUUCGGCGUCGUAUGGGCUGUCACAGAUCCGCGCGAUGGGCGGCGGGUCGCACUCAAGAAACUGCCAAACGUGUUCCAGUCGCUCGUGUCAUCGAAGCGGGUGUUUCGCGAGCUCAAGAUGCUGUGCUUCUUCAAGCAUGAAAACGUAUUAUCAGCCCUCGACAUCCUGCAGCCACCACAUUUGGAUUUCUUCCAAGAAAUCUACGUCAUCACCGAACUGCUCCAGUCGGAUCUGCACAAAAUCAUCGUCUCACCACAGCACCUCUCGGCGGACCACAUCAAGGUGUUCCUGUACCAGAUUCUGCGCGGCCUCAAGUAUCUGCACUCGGCGCGCAUCCUCCACCGGGACAUCAAGCCGGGCAACCUGCUCGUCAACAGCAACUGCGUACUGAAGAUCUGCGACUUUGGCCUGGCCCGCGUCGAGGAGCCCGAUCAGUCCAAGCACAUGACCCAGGAGGUGGUCACACAGUACUACCGGGCGCCGGAGAUCCUGAUGGGCGCCCGCCACUACUCCGCCGCCGUGGACGUGUGGUCCGUGGGGUGCAUCUUUGGCGAGCUGCUCGGCCGCCGCAUUCUGUUCCAGGCCCAGAGCCCGGUGCAGCAGUUGGAACUGAUCACGGAACUGCUCGGCACGCCCACGCUGGAGGACAUGCGACACGCCUGCGAGGGUGCCCGAACCCACAUGCUGCGCCGCGCCCCGAAACCUCCGUCGCUGUCCGCCCUGUACACGCUCAGCACGCACGCCACCCACGAGGCGGUUCACCUGCUCUGCCAGAUGCUCGUCUUUGAUCCGGACAAGAGAAUCUCGGUGAUUGACGCGUUGGCCCACCCGUACGUGGACGAGGGCCGGCUCCGGUACCAUUCCUGCAUGUGCAAGUGCUGCUACACGCCGUCGGCGGGCAUGCGCCAGUACGCGGCCGAAUUCGAACCGUCGGCGCAGCAGCCUUUCGACGAUCUGUGGGAGCGCAAGCUGACCUCGGUGCAGCAGGUGAAAGAGGAAAUGCACAAAUUCAUCGCGGAGCAGCUGCAAACUGGUCGCGUGCCACUAUGUAUAAAUCCUCAGAGUGCCGCCUUCAAGAGCUUCGCCAGCUCAACCGUGGCGCACCCCUCGGAGCUGCCGCCCUCGCCCCACCAGUGGGAAUGACAGCACAAUGAAGCGACGAUGGCCGCCUGAAAUUUGUAAAUUUGCCCCGUCCCACACUCACUCAUGUAAGGGUAGGGGAAAAGCGGGAUAGCAUUUUUGAACGGAGGAGGAGAAAAACAAAACAAAAACAAACAAAAAAACACGCAAAAAAAAUUAGUGCUGCCAACAACAAGAGACAACUACUACUGCGAGAAGGAGAGAAAGAGACACGGGAGGGUCACCGUGGGAAAGAAAGGGGUGAAAAAUUCAACCAAACUUUGGAGAAGACGCAAAAAAGAGAAAACGAGAGAAGACAAGAAGACGCGGACAAGAAUAACGGAUGAAGCUAGUCGAUGCAUGCUAAGAUGUUAGGGAAAAUUGCAUCAAAAUGACAAGACACACACAAAAAGAGAAGAAAGUCUACCUUCAAGAGCAAGGUAGCGUCGUGGCAAGCUUGGAUCAAACUGCAAAAUGACAGUUUGCUGUUUGUUUUGACGCGGAGAAGGAAGAGCGUGAAUCGAGCGUAAAAAAAGGACUAGUAUUAUUGUGAGGUUGAAGAUAGAACAAGUAAAAUUUAGGCAAAAAUAAAAAUCAACAAAAAAAAAUGCUAUUAUUGAGAAAGAGAAAAACGGUAAAAAGAAGAGGAAACGUUGGCUAAGUGACACACCCUAAUCCUAAUACAGUUUAGUAGACAAAUUUUUAGUUUUAUUUACACCACACGAUCAUCCUCG